AUGGCGCCCGAUCCCUACGCGCGGCUGUACCGCGGCAUGCUACCGUUCCACAACUCGUUCCGUACCCACCUCUCUUCGAUCCAACGUCUCCUCUCCACCCUUCCCCCUCCACCGUCGCCGCCGCCAACAAGCACAACCACGACCACGACGACGGAGCCGAGGACGGCAACGCCGACGACGACGACGACGACCAAGACAAGCCUAGAAGCCUCGAUGCUACCCACGGUGACGUCGAUACUUCAGACCUCUCUCACGCUAUGCCACCAUCUACACGUGCACCAUUCGAUCGAGGAGCACCACAUCUUUCCGCGCCUCGCAGCCAAGAUGCCCCAGUUCGGGCAGCACGACCAGCAUGUACGCGAGCACGCGCAGAUGACGCGCCACGUCGACGCCCUCGAACGCUACUGCACCCUGGCGCUGCGCGAACUCAGAAAGGGAAAGGGUGCGGCGGGUGCGUUUGAGGUCCAGCAGAUGAGGAUACUCGUUGGCGCCCUCGAGGACACCCUGCUUCCACAUCUACAGGAGGAGGAGGAGAGCCUCAAAGCGGAGAACCUCAAGAGGGCCGGGUUUGAUGUGAGCGAGAUCAGUAGGAUUCCUUUGUGA